UAUACCAUAUUUCAUACGUUCAAUAUAUGUCGUGGAAAGGUGCUUGGAGAGUAAACGUAUUCCAGGCAGUUGCAGGAGGCUGUCUAUCUAAGUCUGGGCUAUAUGUCAAGAACAAACAGCCCACACAUCCCCCUACUGCUUCUCGCCUAGUACUUCCUGUUGAGAACCCAGAUUGGAAGGCAGGUGACUCCGAUGACAGAGCUGGGCCCGACAUAGUGCUCAUCACUCACCCUAUUGACUUUGACUUCGAUUCUGGAAAGCAUCUUAACAUGUCAUUUGAAGACACUGGAAGAUUUGGCUCAGGAGGUUUCGACAAACUAAGCCGUUUUUAGGGGUUCAGUACAGUUUACACCAAAUAUUAUUGCUGUUGGCCAGAGAACAGGAAGCUAC